GGCAGGCGCGGUACCUGCCUGGGAGGAGCCGCCGCGCCGCGGGCAGGAAGAUGGCGAGCGUGCAGCUGGAGUUCCAGGCCAGCGCUGGCGAGGCGGACCCGCAAAGCCGCCCGGUGCUGGUGCUGGGCCAGCUGCAGAACCUACACCGGCUGCCGUGGGCUCACGUGCGGGGCAAGCUGCAGCCCAGGGUGACCGAGGAGAUAUGGCAAGCGGCAUUAAAUACUUUGAACCCCAACCCUACCGACAGUUGUCCCCUCUACCUGAAUCAUGCCACAGUAGCUGCUUUACCUUCCCGGGUGAGUCGACAUAACAGCCCGUCUGCUGCUCAGUUCCUGACCCGGGUUAUCCGACCGUGUUUGCCUGGAGGAACCAAGAGAUGCAUCCUUAUGGUGUGUGAGCGCUCAGAAGUCUUUGCUUCAGCUUGUGCCAUAGCUCGGGCCUUCCCACUCUUCACCCUUCGCUCCAGUUCAUCUAGACGUACAGAGAAGAAGACUGUGGUUGUGGAGUUUUUCCUGGUUGGGCAGAACAAUGGCCCAGUAGAGGUUGAGAUGCUGAAAUGUCUAGAAAAUGCUACAGAAGGGGUUAGACUGGCAGCUCGAAUUGUUGACACCCCUUGCAAUGAAAUGAACACUGACAAGUUCCUGGAGGAAAUCAGAAAAGUGGGAAAAGAUUUGGGGAUUGUGCCAACUAUUUUUCAAAAUGAAGAACUAAAGGAGAAAGGAUUUGGAGGCAUCUAUGGGGUUGGAAAAGCAGCUGUUCACCCACCUGCUCUAGCUGUGCUCAGUCAUACUCCAGAAGGAGCCACACAGACUAUUGCCUGGGUUGGAAAGGGCAUUGUCUAUGACACUGGAGGACUCAGCAUCAAAGGAAAGACAACAAUGCCUGGAAUGAAACGAGAUUGUGGUGGAGCUGCUGCUAUUUUGGGUGCCUUCAAGGCCACUGUGAAACAAGGCUUUAAAGACAAUCUUCAUGCUGUGUUUUGCUUGGCU